CAAUUGGGCGCCAAAAUUACGUGAUAUCACACCGAAGCAUUUAUUUGCUUAAUGUUAUUUUAUUCAUAUUUUCAAAAAAUUUCUGUUUUUAAUUAAGAAAAAGUUUAUAUUAAUUUAGUUUUAAAAAUGGUACCGAAACCGUUAAAAGUAACAAAGAUGUUUGUUUACAAAAGAGAUGGGCGGAAAGAAGAAAUUCAUUUCGAUAAGAUUACCUCCCGUUUGCAAAAGUUAUGCUAUGGAUUAAAUAUGGAUUAUGUUGAUCCCGUUGCCAUAACUUUAAAAGUUAUUAAUGGAAUUUAUUGUGGUGUAACUACAGUGGAAUUGGAUACUUUAGCUGCUGAAACGGCGGCUACGAUGACUACUCUCCAUCAUGAUUAUGCCGUACUUGCAGCCCGUAUUGCUAUUUCAAAUUUGCAUAAGGAAACAAAGAAAGUGUUUAGUGACGUUGUAACUGAUUUAUACACCAUGAAAAAUGAUUACAAUGGGAAACCAUGCCCAAUGAUUUCUGAUUAUCAUUACGAAAUCAUUCAGAAAAAUGCCGAUCGUCUUAAUUCAUCCAUUAUUUACGAUCGUGAUUUUUCUUACAAUUAUUUUGGUUUCAAAACGUUAGAGCGCUCAUAUUUAUUAAAAGUAAAGGGUAAAAUCGUAGAACGUCCCCAACAUAUGUUAAUGCGCGUUGCAAUUGGUAUACAUGGCGAAGAUAUAGAUUCAGCAAUCGAAACGUAUAAUUUACUUUCGGAGAGAUAUUUCACACAUGCAUCACCAACAUUAUUUGCAGCUGCGACACCUAGACCACAAUUAUCAUCUUGUUUCCUAUUAACAAUGUUGGAAGAUAGUAUUGAAGGAAUUUACGAUACACUGAGACAAUGUGCAUUAAUUUCGAAAUCUGCAGGAGGUAUUGGUCUUAAUGUACAUAACAUUCGUGCUAAAGGCACUUACAUUGCCGGUACAAAUGGAAUUUCAAAUGGUUUAGUUCCUAUGCUUCGCGUGUUCAAUAAUACAGCACGUUAUGUAGAUCAAGGAGGAAAUAAACGUCCUGGAGCAUUUGCUAUUUACCUUGAACCAUGGCAUGCGGAUAUUUUCGAAUUUUUAGAUCUUAGAAAAAAUACAGGAAGUGAAGAUGUACGCGCACGCGAUUUAUUCUAUGGGUUAUGGAUUCCUGAUUUAUUUAUGAAACGUGUUGAAGCACAAGAAGAAUGGUCUCUAAUGUGUCCUCAUGAUUGUCCUGGACUAUCAGAUUGUUGGGGAGAGGAAUUUGAAAAAUUAUACACACAAUACGAAGCUGAGGGUCGUUAUAAAAAACGCGUUCCUGCUCAACAAGUAUGGUAUGCUAUUAUCGAGGCUCAAGUUGAAACUGGCACCCCUUAUAUGUUGUACAAAGAUGCUUGCAACAAAAAAAGUAAUCAGCAAAAUCUUGGAACUAUUAAAUGCAGUAAUUUAUGUACCGAAAUCGUUGAAUACACUUCAAAAGAUGAAAUCGCUGUUUGUAAUUUAGCAUCAAUCGCAUUAAAUAUGUUUGUUACCCCAGAGAAAACUUACGAUUUUAAGAAAUUGAAAUAUGUCAGUAAAAUUGUUACAAAAAAUUUGAACAAAAUAAUCGAUGUUAAUUUUUACCCAGUCCCAGAAACAAGAAAUUCAAAUAUGAGACACAGACCAAUUGGUAUUGGAGUCCAAGGUUUAGCAGAUGCAUUUAUUUUAAUGCGUUAUCCAUAUGACAGUCCUGAAGCCGCAAAAUUGAAUCAACAAAUAUUCGAGACAAUUUAUUAUGGGGCUUUAGAAGCUAGUUGUGAAUUAGCUGAAAAGGAGGGGCGUUAUUCAACAUAUGAAGGAAGUCCCGUAAGCAAAGGUAUUUUACAAUAUGAUAUGUGGGGCAAAAAACCAUCAGAUCUCUGGGAUUGGAAUGAAUUGAAAGCCAAAAUUGCAAAACAUGGAGUUAGAAAUUCAUUGUUAAUGGCUCCCAUGCCUACAGCUUCCACUGCUCAGAUUUUAGGAAACAACGAAUCAUUCGAAGCAUUCACAUCAAAUAUUUACAAUCGUCGUGUAUUAUCCGGCGAAUUUCAAGUUGUUAAUCAUCAUUUAAUCCGAGAUUUAACUGAAUGUGGUCUAUGGGAUGACGAUAUGAAAAAUUUAAUCAUAGCUCACCAAGGCUCAGUACAAAAUAUUGACAGUAUUCCACAAGAAAUAAAAAAUAUUUAUAAAACUGUAUGGGAAAUCUCGAAUAAAGUUAUGUUAAAUAUGGCAGCAGAUCGUGGAGCAUUUAUUGAUCAAAGUCAAUCGUUAAAUAUUCAUGUCAGUAAACCAAAUUAUGGUUUACUUAGUACCAUACACUUUUAUGGAUGGAAAUUAGGAUUAAAAACUGGAAUGUAUUAUUUACGAACGAAACCAGCUGCGAGUGCAAUUCAAUUUACAGUCGAUAAGAAUAAGGUAAAUAAAGCCACAAAUGCCGUUAAUGGUGAGGCAAAAACUGCUCAAACGAAUGGAACAAGUAGUAAAUCGACUGAUGAUAACAUGGCGACAUUGGUAUGCUCAUUAGAAAAUAAAGAUGAAUGUUUAAUGUGUGGUUCAUGAAUAGCCCACUAACUUUUGUUCUUUCCAUGAAUUUAUUUGUUUUGUUUUAUUUUUUAGUUAACAGGAUUUUAAUUUAAUAUGGUGGGAAAAUUUCUAUUAAAAUUACCAUAACCAAUUAAAUUACUAAAUUGUUCAGAAAUUGCUGCUAGGAAUAAAUCGGUUUUUUAGUUAAUUUUAUCAUACUUUAGUAGCUUUUAUACACGCUUGUGACUAAACAAAUAACUACGUUAACAUUUAAA